CCAGCCUCCACAGAGAAGAGGCCGGUUCUGGCCCCCCAUGGAGCGCGGAGCAUAGCAGCCCUUGCCUUCCCACUAGCGUCGUCCCCGGCGUCCACCCCAUCUGAGCCACCUGUGUCUCCCACCGCUGCUCCCAGGACAGGCGCAUCGUUGAGUGUGUCCUAGAAACGGUGCUUACACACCAGGCGUGAAAAGACGAACACACGCUGUCUUUUGCCUCUGUGAUCUACAGUGCAGGAAGUGAGACUGACAGACAGGGAGGUGGACAGUUUUCCUAUCACCUGUGAAACAACUGGUGUCCACUGGAGAUAAUCUAAUAACUUUACCAGAAAAUGAAGUUGAACUGAAGGCUUUUGUUGUGCCGGCGCCUCCCGCAGAGACCACGUACAGCUAUGAAUGGAGCUUGCUAAGCCACCCGGUAGACUCCGAGAUGAAAUAAACGAAAGACACAUGCAAAUGCUUAGUCUCUCUCAAAUAAGUAACUGGAGACUGGCCGGAUAUGACAGCACGCCACAGAAUUCAGUUCACACUUGAGCUGCUGACCCCUGAAGUCUGUUUUACGAUUGAGAUCAGAAGGAGGAUACAAAUGAGUCAAGUCACAACCAUGUAGAUGGGCAGAUGGUGAAAUGUCAGAAUCUCUGUUGAGGUUAAAAAGCCUGUGUUCUAAGUCUCCCUCUCUCGGUAGAGGUAGAGGCAUUCUGGUCAUCUCUGCUCCGCGAGCAGCCACGUUUCUAGAACUGCCAGAGGUUUGAUUCCCACACACGGAUGCUUUGGCCAUCACGUACUGCUCCAAGAUGUCAGCACCUCACGAGAGGAAACGCGCCCCCUUCCUGGCCCGGAAGGAUGAAUGAACUGCCUCAGCUGCUAGAGGAUCUGGUUUCCCACCUGUGAUUAUCUCGUCCUUGUUCGCGAGACCCCAUGGCCGUGGGUGCUGUGCAAGCUCACGUCGGCCUCGAGUCACUGGGCAUGGUUCCUCCGAGCGUGGCCCCCAGGCUGCUGAUGGCCGACUCCCCAGAGCGAUUGUCAGCAGGACUUGACGCGUUCAAAGUAGCAGUUUCCAGUGAAAAUGCCUUUGGAGAAGGAUACGUCAGUGUCACUGUUCAGCCAGCCAGAAGAGUCAACCUGCCCCCCACGGCAGUGAUUUCUCCCCAGAUGCAAGUGCUCACCCUGCCUUUGACGUCAGCAUUCAUCGACGGCAGCCAUGGGUAUCUGGGACAAGUCAGGGUCUCUCCGCCCCGUGGGCCACGAGGUUUAUCAGUGCUCCUUGUGGAGGCCGGGAGACCUCGCACACCAGUGUGGAUACGUGAGCGUCUUCCUCACGGGGCAUGUAGCUCCCAGCCCUUCAGAUUGACUGUUACAGACUCGGAUGGAGCCACUGACUCCACAACUGCAGUCCUCAUGGUCAGCAGUGCUGUGGACCAUCCGCCGAUUGCCAACGCAGGACCAAAUCAGACCAUAACUUUGCCCCAAAACGCCAUCUGUUUGAAUGGAAAUUGGAACAGUGAUGAUCAUCAUAUUGUCCUCUAUGAGUGGUCCCUGGGUCCUGGGAGUGAGAGCAAAGAGGUGGCCAUGCAGGGCAUCGAGACACCAUACCUUCAUUUGUCUGAAAUGCAGGAAGGAAACUAUACGCUCCAGCUGAUGGUGAGAGAUUCUUCAAGACAACAGUCCACUGCUGUGGUCGCUGUGACUGUCCAGCCUGAAAUCAACAGGCCCCCAGUGGCCGUGGCCGGCCCAGACAAGGAGCUGGUCUUCCCGGUGGGGAGCACCACUCUGGACGGCAGCAGGAGCAGAGACGACCAGGGCAUCGCCCUUUACCACCGGGAGCCCGUCAGAGGCCAAGCGGCGGUGGAGAUGGGGAAUAGUGACAAGGCUGUCGCCACCGUGAGCGGGCUUCCGGUGAGCAUGCACCACUUCCGCCUGAUGGUGACAGGCCGGCGGGGGCUGAGCAGCGCCAGCAUACUCACUGUGGCUGUGAGGAAGGAAAAUAAUAGCCCUCCCAGAGCCCAGGCUGGUGGCCGGCAUGCGCUUGUGCUUCCCAAUAACCGCAUUACUUUGGACGGUUCAAGGAUUGUGUCCCACCUGUGGAUCCGGGACGGCCAGAGCCCAGCCGGGGAUGUCAUUGGUGCCUCUGACCGCACCGCAGCCGUGCGGCUCACCAAUCUGGUGGAGGGCGUCUACACAUUCCACUUGCAAGUGGCUGACAGCCAGGGGACCGCGGACACGGACACUGCCACCGGGGAAGUGCGGCCGGACCCCAGGAAGAGUGGCCUGGUGAGGCUGGUCCUGCAGGUGUGCAUGGGGCAGCUGACGGGGCAGCAGAAGGACAUGCUCGUGAGGCAGCUGACGGCGGACAUUCAGGUCCAGAAGAUCCAGGCCCACUCGGGUCUCAGCACCGCGACUGUGUUUUCUGUACGGACCGGGCCGCCGUCCGUGGUUCUCGAAGCUGCCGACGUGGUGCGGGGUCUGCAUAGACAGCUCCCCGAGGAGAAGGAGGAUUUCUUGCUUUUCACAGUCUUGAGGGUUGACACAGCAGACUGCCUUCUGGAGUGCUCUAGCCACGGCCACUGCGACCCCGUCACAAAGCUCUGUGUGUGCUCUCCGCUGUGGAUGGAGAACCUGAUGGAAUGUUACCUCCGGGACAGGGAGAGCAACUGUGAGUGGAGUAUAGUCUCCAUAACCUCCGUGGUUCUCACCCUUCUGACACUAACAGGGGGCUUGUCCUGGCUUUGUAUCUUCUGCUGCAAGAGACGAGAGAGGACCGAAAUAAGGAAGAACACCAGGUAUGCCAUCCUGGAUAACAUGGAUGACCAGGACAGAACGGAGCUGAGGCCCAAAUACGGUAUCAGACACCGAAGCACGGAGCACAACUCCAGCCUGAUGGUGUCCGAGUCUGAGUUUGACAGUGAUCGGGACACAAUCUUCAGCUGAGAACGGAUGGAGAGAGGGGAUCCAAAAGGCUCUGUGAAUGGUUCCGUCAGAAACGCUUCCUUCAGCUAUGGCUCCGAGGACAGAUGACGGAGAGACCCUUAGGUAAAGUUAAACACGGAUUAAAGAGGGCUGAUUUCUCUUAGGAGCUGCGAUGGCCUUUCAGGACGACGUUCGGAACAUGCUUUCUCUGCCACACCCUGUGAUGUCGGAAGGAAGCUGUGAUGUUUUUUACACCGAUCUUUAUCUUCGUUAAUGUGUGCCAUAACCUCGUGAACAGAGUUGCAUAAUUUUGUGCACGACCAGAAAUUUCUGGCAGCGGGGAAUGAAGCAGGGGUGAAAAAGGAAGCGCACAUUUGCUAAAACCUUUGUGUGCAUAAUGCAUAUGUUGUGUACUCCCAACCGGUCCUGACUGACAGUCCACCUUGGAAGGACCACAGCCUGAAAGUGGUAGAUCCGGGAACUGAAUGCGAAAAUUUUAAGCUGUAAAGCCCAUCUUUCCUCCCACCUCCCUCACUACCCAAAGACCUCCCACCCUCAACUGUUAGGAGGGCAACUUUUCCGUGGCCUUUUCGGACCAUCUGUUCCUGGGAUGCAAAGGAAUUCCUUCGGGUGGUGAGGACACAAGACAGAAGCCUCCUUCGUUCGUCUCUCGCCUUGGGUCGGUCACACCUGCGCCAAGGCUCUGGACUUCAAAGUUGCUUCCACCGCCCCUGGUCUGUGCCUGACCACCUCUGCCUCCCUUCCACCACGGGGAACCCUGAUGGCAGGUGCAUCGGAGGCCCGGCAGGGCGGCGUUCGGGGCGCGGGAGCGCUGCGCGUCCCCAGUGGAGGGAACGCUCCCCGGCAGCUGCGAUGGAGAAGCCGGCCAGCGAGACCCUCGCCCCUGGCUUCCAGUCCGUGGAGGAGGACGUGAGCUCCGCAUUAAGGGGCCAGUGGUGUCUGUGACUGAAGAAGGUGGAGAGCGGUCUCCGGAGCCCGCCCCAACUUCACACACCCACUUCCAGGCCCUUCGCGGAACAAUGCGCGCAGCCGCAGACCCCCCCCCCCCCCCCCCCGCGGGAGGAACUGCGCAAGCUCAGCUCUGCCCCCGCCCCCGCUGCUAAAUUAGAAACAAAGCUGUAGCAGGUGAACAUUUACUGAGAGAAUGGAAGAAAAGGUAGGAAGAUGGAAAAUAACGCUUCUAAGUACUGGCCUAGGCCGAGCACGUAAAAACCCCACAAAUUAAGAGUAUCGGAAAAACCCAAACCUGGGAAAAAGUACAUAAUGGAUUAACAGGAAGAGCAGAAGAGUGAGGCUGGCAAAUGUGGAAAGCUGGAGAAUAUGCUGUUACGUGGCCACACUUACAAACCAGGAACAAGGGAGAAGCACACAGAAGUUGAUGAACAGGCAUGCCUCAUGCAAGCACGGGAGACACGGGGGAGAAUGAGGAACAGAGAGGCGGCUCAACCCUUUGGCUUACAGAGCACCUUCAACAAAGAACGAUCAGUGUGCAGAGAAUUGGCAGGACAGAGGGAAGCAGUCGUAGGCUUUCAAGGCCAGUUGGGAGAUAAAGGCCAGUUGGGAAAAUCUGUUAUAUAGAUUCCUUUGGUGCCCUCUCCAGGCUGACCGGGUCUUGAGUCGUCUCCAGAGACCAACCUCAGUCCUUCCUAGAGGAUGGGGCACCUUUGAAAACUUAGGUCCGGCUUUUAAGAAAAUAGGGGGAAGGCAGAGAGCUUUUCCGGCAUCUGCUUCUCCAGGGCAUCUUCAGCUCACAAUAAUCUUUAUGCCAAAGCAGCAGGCUUGGGAUGGUGUAGUCUGCUAAGCGUCUUCAUACAUAUCUGAACUGGUCUAAUAAUAUCCAAUGUAAACUGAAAACGAACCAGCAAGGAAGAAAAAAAAAACACCACCACCAGAGACCCUAACGCAGAAACAGGAAAUUCUGUUAAUGCAACAUUUAUUAAUUAAACAUACACACAUAUGGCACACACACACACAAAUCACCACAUAACUAUUAUUCAAGUAAAAUGCUGUCUCACAUAGCUGCACAUGAAUAAUUAAAAUCCCGGGCUCCAGCCUUCUGAGAAGGCAGUCACAUGCCACAAUCGAAAGUUAGUAAGUUACCAAUAAAAUAGAUUUCUUUGCA